AUGCCGCCCGGAGUUUACUGCCCAGUGGACUUCUGGGCCAAGGAGGAGAAUAAAAAAAUCUUGGUGGACUUCCUGCUCCCCACGGGCAUUUACCUCAACUUCCCCGUGCCGUGCAAUGCCAGUCUUGGAAACAUUAAGAAGUUACUAUGGGAGAAGGCGCAGCAGGAGCCGUUGUUCCACACACUGGGGUCCCCCGUCCUCCUAUGUCUUUACCUGCAUCAACCAGACAGCGGAACAGCAAGAGCUGGAGGAUGAACAAAGGCGACUUUGCGACAUUCAACCUUUCUUACCCGUCCUGAGGCUCGUGGCCAGGGAGGGUGACCGGGCCGAGAAGCUUCUGAACUCCCAAAUCAGCCUACUCAUUAACAAAGGUCUCCAUGAUUUCGACUCCUUAAAUGACACAGAGGUUAACGAUUUCCGCACCAAAAUGCGCCAGUUCUGUGAGCAGGUGGCAUUGCAGCGCCAACACAUGAGCUGGGAGAGCUGGAUGGAAUCCAAUUUCCCUCUGCAGCUGGAGCCGUCCACCACCCUGUUCAGCAAGCCUUUCUCCAGCAAGACCAUCAUGAUCAACGUUUAAAUUUGAAAAUAGUGAGGAACCAUUUCACCUACAAGUCUCUUCCCCGAGACCUCCCCAUCCUCUAGCUCGUCCGACUGGCUACACUACGGAAAAAGUUUCCAAUGUAUCUGGUCAGAAUCGCUGUCCGGUAGGCCUGAAAGAGUACUUUAUAACCCCCUUCAGAUAAACGGCAUGUUGGAAUACAUUUACGCAACUACCCUCCUCUGCCAGUUCAAAUACAUCAGCCCAUGUUUGUAGAAUCACUGGACUGCUCACCUUACCCCUCGUCACCCCAUCGCUUCCAUGUUACCUUGGACAACAGGGAGAUCCCACAAACCACCUAUAGUCCAAAAGCCGCAUUUCAAACCCCCUCCACUACCUACUAAAAAGCCGCAUCAGUGUCCUUUCCCUCUGGACCCUGGAGAAGCCAUUUUGUAUUUCAACUCUCUCCUACAGAAAAAAUGUUAACCUCGAUGAAGGUUCAAACUGCUGGUCUACUGUGGCCUCUAUCAUGGCAGUGAGCUCCUGUGCAAGACCGUGGCAAGUACUGAGGUGAACGCCUCUUCCGAGCCUCAGUGGCAGCAGAUUCUGGAGUUCGAAAUCAAUGUGUGCGACCUUCCUCGUAUGACGCGGCUCAGCCUGGCUCUUUAUGCCAUCGACAAGUCGAAGAAACCCAGGUCUACCAAGAAGAAGUCCAAAAAGCAGGAUUACCCCAUUGCAUGGGUGAACACCAUGCUGUUUGAUUACAAGGACAUGCUGAAGUGUGGCGAAUACUCACUCUGUAUGUGGUCAUCUUUUCCAGAUGAGAAGGCAGAAUUGCUGAAUCCGAUGGGAACCAUACAGUGUAAUCCCAAUACUGAGAGCGCAGCCACGUUGGUGAUCAGUUUCUUCAAUAUGUCUGACUAUUCCGUCUACUACCCCUCCAUUGAUAAGAUUCUUGAGCUGGGCCGUCUUGGAGAAGUAUCAAACGCCACUCAGGACGAGCGUCAACAGCUCCAGGAGAUCGUGGAACGGAAAGGCCAAGCUGAGCUGUACGAACACGAGAAAGAACUGGUCUGGAAGCUGCGUCAUGACAUUAGAGAUCGCCACCCCGAGGCUCUGCCAAAACUACUGCUCACCACCAAGUGGAACAAGCACGAGGACGUAGCGCAGAUGGUGUAUUUACUGCAGAAUUGGCCUGAGCUGCCUGUCCUCACUGCCUUGGAGUUGUUAGACUUCAACUAUCCCGAUCGAUGUGUGGGAAUGUUCACUAUGAACUGCCUGAGGAAACUCACGAACGAAGAACUGUGCCAAUAUCUGCUGCAGCUGGUUCAGGUUCUCAAGUAUGAAUCCUAUCUAGACUGUGAGCUGACUAUCUUCCUGCUGGAGAGAGCACUGAUCCACCGCAAGAUCGGCCACUUCUUGUUCUGGCACCUCCGAUCAGAGAUGCAUGUCCCCGCGGUUGCCCUGAGGUUCGGUCUUAUCCUUGAAGCAUAUUGUCGGGGCAGUCUCUACCAUAUGAAGGUUCUCAUGAAGCAGGGAGAAGCUCUGUCCAAACUAAAGGGUCUCAAUGAUUUUGUGAGGUCCAGUGUCCAAAAAACAAAUAAGGCCCAGGCCAAAGAAGCAAUGCACAUGUGUUUGAAACAGGAGACCUACCUGGAGCCGCUGUCCCACCUCUACUCUCCUCUGGACCCCAACCUCAUCCUGACAGAUGUUUGUGUGGAGCUUUGCACUUUCAUGGAAUCCAAGAUGAAGCCACUGUGGAUUGUAUACAAUAACGAACUAACAGGCGGAAAUCGUGUUGGCAUCAUCUUCAAGAAUGGAGACGAUCUCCGUCAGGAUAUGCUGACACUACAGAUGAUCCGGCUUAUGGAUGUUCUGUGGAAGAAGGAGGGGCUGGACCUCAGGGUCACACCGUACGGCUGCCUGUCGACGGGAGACAAGACCGGCCUCAUUGAAGUUGUCAUGCGUUCUGAUACAAUUGCCAACAUCCAGCGCAACAAGAGCAACAUGGCAGCUACUGCGGCCUUCAACAAGGAUGCACUUCUGAACUGGUUAAAGAGCAAGAAUCCAGGGGAUGCUCUGGAACAAGCCAUAGAGGAGUUCACACUGUCAUGUGCUGGCUACUGUGUAGCAACCUACGUCCUGGGCAUUGGGGACCGCCACAGCGACAAUAUCAUGAUACGGGAAAGCGGACAGCUCUUUCACAUAGAUUUUGGCCACUUUCUGGGUAAUUUUAAGACCAAGUUUGGCUUUAAACCGAGAGCGGGUCCCCUUCAUCCUUACGUACGAUUUUGUGCACGUCAUUCAGCAAGGGAAAACCAGCAACAGCGAGAAGUUUGA